CUGAUUUCCGGCGUUAAUAGCUAAAUAUACUGCCGUCAGGCUAGAGCUGGCUCUACUGCUUUUAUCGGGCGAAGAUAAUCAUCCCUUCGGAUGGAAAUGCCUCACGUAACGAUUACCCGAUGAAAAGAUCAAUGUUUUAGUGUUUAAUAUCGUUGUUUUUUGUCGAUUAUACAUCACCUGUGUUUUAAGUUAACGUUUAGAAGGGGAAGAUUUAUAGCGCCCGGCCGCGCAUCCCCAUCACGCUGAGCGGUCGUACCUGACGGCUGCCGCUUUAUCCACACGGUGCUGCUGUCCUCUUAUCUGGCCGAUCGGGUCUCCCGCAAUCUCGGUCAGUUAUUUUGUGCUUCCGUGCGAAAUAACUCGCAAUUUGAAUAAUAUCACAUAUUUAAAUUGUUCGUGUUUGACGUUAAAUGUGCAGCCGUCUGAGUGGAGAUUUUCUGUAAGCGUCGGUCUAUUAACGAACUGUUAUUCUUAGUAGUAAACGAGCUAAACGAGCCGUCAGCUUCUCGUCGACUCCGAUGGGCGCACGUUUCGCUGUCAGUUAGGCACCGUAUGAUGCUGUUUUGAUGUGACGGUGAGGUCCAUUUGUUAGUAGCCGUGCUGGUGUAAAGAUUACGGUGAGGAAGACGAGGGCGAAACUGAGCUCGCUGCCCUGCGAGGGGGUCGCCCGUUUCCCUACCCCCCCGACGAUCUAACGCCCCUGAUAGAGAAGUAUGACCCCGCAGAAGGACCCCGAUACGGUGAACCUUCGGCUGAUUCUGGUCAGCGGGAAGACGAAAGACUUCACGUUCUCUCCUGAUGACUCGGCGAGUGACAUCGCGAAGCACGUCUUCAACAACUGGCCCCUGGGCUGGGAGGAAGAACAGGUGAGCAGCCCCAGCAUCCUGCGGCUCAUCUACCAGGGCCGGUUUCUACAUGGCAAUGUGACUCUUGGAGCCUUAAAACUUCCUCCUGGAAGGACCACCGUGAUGCACCUUGUUGCCAGGGAGACCUUGCCAGAGCCAAACUCUCACGGACAGAGAAACCGGGAUAAGAACACAGAGAGCAGUUGCUGCCUGUUAUUAUAAACUCCUUUGCUGCGUCCUCCCACCCCCCCACCCCCCGC